UUCAAUUAGAAGUCAAUUUUGAAUUUUUAAAAAAUAAAACGAAAUUGAAAAUUUAAAGAAAAUAAAAAAACUGCAAUUUUAUUGAAUGUUAAAAAAUUUCUUAUUUAAUUUUAAGAUUUCUCAUUUUCUGAUAUUGUAAGGACAAAAAUCGACCAACUAAAUUCUGUCAUUAAACAAAUUGAAACGAAAAUGGUUAAAGUGUAUUGGUGUUGGUCCGAGGAAGCGACGAAUUCAACGGGCGUUGCUAAAGCCUCGUAUAGCCGCAAUGCUUUUAUGCAUUUCCUGAGCGAGUACAGACGCGUGUGUAAUCGUCGGUCACCAGCCUGGAUGACAGCCUCUGAAGCUGGAGCGAUGUGGUCCCGGAUGCCACUUAACGACAAGUACUGCUACAUUGAAGCGGCACGUAACGCCGGCUAUGUGUUCACGGCGCGCGAUCGACGCUUGAAUCGUGUGUUGCGCCAUCUACGCAAGUCGCUGACGGAACGCGACAAUCGAAUCAAUUUGAUACAGGUUUCAGCGGCCGUCAAGCAGAUGAAGCUGUGGAAGCGCAAAGUACUAGACGAGAUUUGCCGACGAUGAAGUGAGAGAGCCUUUUACGCUGAUAAGGUCAAGUUGUUUGAUGUCAACUAAUCACAGAUGUCUUACGUCGUCCAAAGUUCCUUGUUCUUCGAUGUGUAAUAUAAAAGGUACUCUUCUGUCAUAUCUCGUUAUCUGUACAAAAUACUUUUGUAAAUUAAACGUUGUAAUUGAAUAAAAUAUUAAUCUUGAAAA